GGGCGGUUGCAAGGAAUGGUGUUUGUUUAUUGCUGCAUCAAUCGACGGCGCAGGAGGAGAUACAGUGUGUGUGUGUGUGUGUAUACAUAUCUGUGUGUCUGUGGCUAGUGCCUCAGACUGAUCAAUGGCGGGGUGCGUGAGUGGUGUGACGCAGUGUGUGGUUUGCGGUUGGUGACAUCAAUGAGCGCGGCUCAUGCUGUGGUGUGUGGUGAGUGCGGAUCUGGUGGUGGUGUGUUGGCAGUUUGCCAAUCGUUUGUGGAGCGGGAUUUUAUACAUCCAGGAUCUCAACGCACCGUUGCCACUGCCUAUCCCACGGCGGUGGCACUAUGUUCUCAGUCCAGCCCCUGGUGCUGCGCGGGAGAACAGACGCGGGAGGGGGCUACCUAGACUUCCUUCGCGCGGUGCUGCGGCGCCAAGUGUGGGGGGGCUCCGUUUGCAGAAAUGGCCGCACUCAGCCCAGGUUUGACCCAAUCCGUUCGUAUGUGGAUCCACCGUGAGUAGGUCGCACUUCACGACAUGGUAUUGUUCCGUAAUGGGCCAAUUUAGAACACCCCAACCCCAGCCACGCUAUUUUCUAUGCCAAUCAGCACAAUGAAGCCUUCAAACGAACACCCCGACGCUGGCUACCAUCGUGGCAGUCACUUGACUUGCCACAUAACACCAUGCACCUAGUCACCCUCCUUUGCCUGAUAUUUGCAUGUGUUGUGGCAGUCGACACGACGGUCAUUCGCUCCGCACUGGCUGUUGUUGACCAGACCAUGCAUCCUACCGGCGACAAUGUGGUCGACCUUGCCACCGACUCGCUCUUCGUUCCAACCGUCUUGGUGGGAAACCUCGCCUCGUCCACCGGGCUCGUCCACAUCAUCCCCACAAGCCGCCUCAUUAUCCCAGGCCUCGUUCUCGCUUCGCCGGCCAAUGUUUCCGGUGCAGACCUUGAGCUCUGCAUCGUCCCACCCGCAUCCGUGGCGCAUCUUGGCGAAGUUCCGAGCGGGCCAAGGCCAUCGUGUCGCCAUCGUGACCAGAUGGCCUGUCAAACGCUUUUUUGGACCCGGUCUCGAGAACCACCGUGACAGGUCUCGACUCCAUGCUGUCCAGCCUCGCCUCCUUGCUUGUCACAUCCCAUCCACCGCCCAUCGCACUCUGUCUCAGGAGUGAAAUGAGUGGUGUAACCUUUGAGGCCCCAUCUCCUUCUCCAACUGUACUCAUCGACUACUAUGAGGUCUGCCCACAGCUGCUGGUCAAGAACGCGCACGUUGCCAACUCGCCACUGACGGGAACGACCGCCGCGCCGGUCGAUGCUACGCUCAUCGUCACAUGCGAGUCGGGCCGCAUCCUCUCAACGUCCCAUGCCGCCAGUGGAACCGUCACCUGCCAGAUAUCAGGGGCAUACUCGCCCACGGUCGUGUGUAUCGAUGCGGCUGCACUACCCUCGACGGAUCCCUGCCCGCCGCGCUCGUUCCGCGACACCUGCGGAGUCUGCUCCGGGCUGGGCACGGGCCACGUUGCCAACGCCGAUCUUGACGCAUGCGGUGUGUGUUUUGGCGAAAAUGCCGCGCUGGACGAUUGUGGCGUGUGCUUUGGCAACAACGCCGCGAUGGACGAGUGCGGCGUGUGCUUUGGCGACGGGUCGCAGUGCGCCGGCUGCGACGGGGUGCCCAACUCGGGUGCACGUCCGGAUGUUUGCGGACAAUGCAUGGGCAAUGGGUCGUCAUGCUUGGGAUGUGAUGGCAUUGUCAUCCCAUCCGGGGGCGCCACCUUUGACAGCUGUGGCGUAUGUGGUGGUUCCGCAGGCAGCACUGACUGCGCGACGCCGUGCGAUGGUGACGCUGCCAUCUACGACUGCGCAGGCACAUGCGGAGGCGAUGCCGUCAUGAACGCAUGUGGCGCAUGUGUUGGCGGUGUCACUGGUCGCCCCGUUGACUAUGGCCGCGACGACUGCGGCGUCUGUUGGGGCGGAAACCUCGCGAAGGACCGAUGCGGCGUGUGUUGGGGCCGGGACACAGGCAUCGAUGCAUGUGGCCAGUGUCACGGCGGUGGAGCCGGGCGCGAUGCAUGCGGCGUGUGCCACGGCGGUAACGCCACAAUGGAUGCGUGCGGGGUAUGCGGUGGCGAUGGUCUCUCGUGUAUCGGCUGUGACCUUGUCCACUUUUCCGGCAAGGAAGUCGACGAGUGCGGCGUGUGCGACGGCGAGUCCGAAUGCUCCGUUGCUUCGAUGGUGGCUACCACAUCGCACUCACGCAAACGUACCCUCCGCAUUGUUGCUGUAGCAAUUGGCAGCACCAUGCUCUUGGCAAUGGUCAUAGUCAUCGGCAUCGCCGCAUGCCUGCCUUCCAUCAAGAGGCGCGGCCGGUCGUCCCGUGUUGACGUUGCAAGCCCGCACACGCUCGCAGAUGCCGAGGCCGUCACAUCAAGCCAGUCUGCUACAUCAUCAAGGCACGUCACAGAAGUCGUCGUUGGGAAAGAGACUACUAUCGGGCUAGCUGUCGUCAUGGUGGCCACGGUUGCCGACGAUGAGCAAAUGCGGGUGUCUCAUUCCGCCGCAAUGCGCGAUGCCACCAUACUCCACAACGUCGCUUUUCGCCAUGUCCUGGCACAAACAUCUGGGUGCGAGCUUGCUGCUGCGCAAACUACCUUUACCGCUGUAUUUCCUCACAACGCCGUCGACGAGGCCAUCGCCACCGCCGACAAGCUUCACACGACCAUGCUCAAAGUUCCUUGGCCGCGGGAGAUCAGCCACUUUGUCGGCCGCAGCAACGACUCGCUUGCUGUGGACUUUCCAGGUAGGUCAACCUUGGGCGCAUCAGAUCAGAGCACAUCGCUUCCUCACGACGCGGCCCCAGCUCUUUGGAAUGGCUUUCGACUGUGCAUCGGGCUGCACAUCGGGCACAUCGACGCCAUGCCCACUGCAUACGACGGCGAUCCCUCCUUCCCGGGCCCUGCCGCCGAAUCUACUGCGACCAUCGCCGCCCUUGCGCCACCAGGCACCACUGCUGCCUCGGAGUGCCUCUUGGCAGCUUCUACGUCCCACGACAUCGUGGCAGUGCGCAUCGCCAAUGUCGAUGACAUAGAGAGGGCCUCAUCGUCUACCUCGGUCUACAGUGUCGGCCACUGCGACUCACUCGCCGUCAACCGGCUUGUUGCAGCCGGUCUUGUGCCCCCAUCUCCAUCACCUGGCCGCUUGAUCUUGUCGGCAGAUCUGGAGUCACAGUUGUCGACCCCGAAUGAGUUGUCGGAAACGACCACCAUGUCGUUUGGCCCAAUGGUCCCUACUGGGCCAUCUGGGUCUCCGAUGGCCGCACAGAAAAUGCGCAUCCCUUAACUCACCUGCGUGGGUUGCAUGGCAUCUCUCCUCUUGCUGGGCCUGGUACACAGUUCGCGCUGCAUGCGUACCGCUCCAUCGGCGAGCGUGGCACAAUUGCAUGCAUCUUUCCAUCCGGCCAUUUUGAUCGCAACGCCACGCUCACCGCUGCCCGCCGCCGCACAGCAAUCCUGCCCCCUUACUUCCGAUUCCCGCUACGGGCUCCGAUGGCGUCGACAGAGUCGGCUCUUGAAGAGUGCUGGCCCAACGGCCUGACCCUCUGUGCCACCACAUCUUGCCGAUUGGCUCGGUGACUCGCGCGCACAUGGGCAAUCGUCACAAGCUCGCGUUCGAAAAAUUAAAGCAAGACUUGGGCGGCCAGAA